AUUUUGUAGUCGAGUUUGAGCAUGAGGGCGACGACAGUCUUAUUUGCUGUUGCCAUCCUCCUUGAUGGCUCUAACGGGAAACCAAAGCACGAAGCCUUGUCGGAUGAAUUGAUUGACUACGUGAACAGUCAGGUGGGGGCUACAUGGAAGGCCGCCAAGUCUGAACGCUUCAAGACUCUGGAGGAAAUUCGCUCAGUCUUGGGCACGAUGAGGGAGGAUAGAAAAUUGAAGGAAUUUCGUCGGCCAACCAUCAGCCACGAAGAUAUCACUUUGGAGCUCCCGCUUGAGUUCGACGCUCGAGAACACUGGCCGGAAUGCAAAACCAUUAACCAGAUUCGAGAUCAGUCUCGUUGUGGCUCCUGUUGGGCCUUUGGGGCUGUCACCGCAAUGAGUGACCGUGUUUGUAUCCAUUCAAAUCAGACACUGGUAAACAUGCAACUAAGCGCAACCGAUCUGCUUGCCUGUUGUACCACGUGCGGAUUUGGUUGCCUCGGAGGCUGGGGCGGAAUGGCCUGGGACUACUGGAGGGAUAAUGGUAUUGUGACAGGUGGAGAGUACAAAGACAGUCAUACGUGCUUGCCCUACCCUUUCCCACCGUGUCACCACCACGGACCAAAAGGACCUGAAUACGCACCUUGUCCGGAAAAGCUGUACUCAACCCCACAAUGCGUAUCCGAGUGUCAAAAAGGAUAUGCUAUUAAAUAUGAAGACGACAAAAUUCAUGCUUCAACUUCGUACAACCUUUACCGAAGCGCCAUAACAAUCCAAAAGGAGAUUUGGAUGCGUGGUCCUGUUGAGGCGGCUAUGAACGUCUAUGCGGAUUUCGCGAAUUAUGCUGGAGGGGUUUAUAAACACACAACCGGGGAACUUUUGGGUGGACACGCGAUCCGUCUUCUCGGUUGGGGUGUAGAAAAAGAUGGGACGCCAUAUUGGUUGGCGGCGAAUUCAUGGAAUCCAUCUUGGGGAGAGAAAGGUUUUUUCCGGAUUCUCCGUGGAUCCGAUCAUUGUGGAAUUGAAUCAGAUGUUUCAGCUGGUCUUCCAGUUAUUUCUGAGCCCUCUUAGUGAACCACUUUACUCGUUAAACUUCUCCAUAUCGAUUCUUUGCACAGAAUUGGUGGUAAAAUUAUUUUUUUGUAACUGGCGUUUGAUAAUUCAUGUUUUAAACAACAUGUCUAUUGGGAGAGAGUGGACGAAGGCCACCUCUGGUUUUUGGAAAAGUUUGGGAAACAGUUGAUAUAUUUAUUAUUUCCCAAAUUUCUCCGAAAUCGAUGUCUUCUCAACCGGUUCCAAGAGUUCUCCAACUGAUUGGACCGCCUCCAGUUAUUAGCUAUCCUAAUUUACCACG